UUACACAACACGUUACGCCACAUCACACCCAUCCAUGCAUUCUCCUCCUCCUUCUCCGAAACCUCACUCUGUCGCCGCGGCUUGUCACAAUUACGAGCCCAGGGAUUGUUGAAACUACAUCUACUGGGAUGCUGUGCAAGGCGGCUCGACUUCUCUCCGCAGUGCAUGUUGGGACAUGUAGUUCUGCCCCCGCUCCGAACGCGUUGAAGCGCCGCCCCCUGAGCACUACGAUUCCCACAAUGCACCCGGCCUUCCCCCCUCGACCGCUCACCUUCCUGUCUUAGAAAAAAAAAUAACCCUGAAGUUCCCUGCGAUCAGCUGAUCAAGACUGACAACAAGGGGAGAAGGAGAAGAGCUUUGGACUGGCCCCGAUCCCUCCUAGGGGGUCCCCAGGUCUACAUGGUGGGCUCAGGCACUGUGGGAGUUAAGCCCUAACCCUGCGGGGGAGAGGAAGGAUCUGCCCAGCUCGAUCCUUGAAGCUCAGAGGAGGAGGAGGAGGAGACUGUGAUCUGAUUACUUAGUCACUAAGACUUCCAGGGAGGAAGAGGAGGAGGAAGGCCUUUCAGGGAAAAGAUCUGGCUUGCAUUUUAGAAACAUAUCCUUGUUUUGCUUACACAUAUCUAACCUCAGUGUGACUUUUAAGCCCAUAAUUCAUUUGGGCCUGUCCUUAAUUGUGGAAAGCUGCAGUGUUUACAUUGGCUUUGCAUAUGAUGAUACCAUUAUAGACGAGAGAAAAUCAAGACGGACACAUUCUUUAAUAGAAAUAUCAACAUAUGCAGAGUUUCCUCAAUGUUAAGAUAAAUACAAAUUCUAAUCCUUUGGAAAACCAAUGUACAUAUCUGUUAAAAAAUUGUAAAGCUAACAGUAAAAUUUCUGAAAAUGAGUGCCCAGCCUCCAACAGCAGAUAAGGGACUCAAUACUGCCCUUUUGUGCCAGGAAAGCUAUGCUUGCAGUGGCACAGAUGAAGCAACCUUUGAGUGCGAUGAGUGUGGAAGCCUGCAGUGCCAGCGGUGUGAAGAAGAACUACACAGGCAGGAAAGGCUACGAAACCAUGAACGGACCCGAAUUAAAGCCGGCCAUGUCCCAUACUGUGACACCUGCAAGGUUGCCAGUGGGAAUAUCAUGCAGAGCAAUAUCAUAAACUCCAGACAGAGGGCAGCAAUAAGAUGCCAAGCAUGCAAAAUUAACCUCUGUGUAGAGUGUCAGAAGAGGACUCAUGCGGGUGGAAACAAGAGGAAGCACCCCAUUACUGUUUACCAUGGCAACAAAUCUCACGAGGAGGAGGAGGGGAUGGAUGAGGAGACCAAGAGGAAGAAGAUGACAGAAAACGUUGUAAGCUUCCUGUUGGUAGAUGAAACAGAGGAGAUCCAGGUGGCAAACGAAGACGAAUUUAUCAGGAAACUGGACUGCAAACCUGAUCAGCACGUAAAGGUGGUGUCUAUUUUUGGGAACACUGGGGAUGGCAAAUCUCAUACCCUUAACCACACUUUCUUCUACGGCCGUGAGGUUUUUAAAACAUCUCCCGCUCAGGAGUCUUGUACGGUAGGGGUUUGGGCAGCCUAUGACCCUGUCCACAAAAUGGUGGUGAUUGACACAGAGGGUCUUCUGGGGGCCACUGUCAACCUGAGUCAGAGGACCCGGCUGCUUCUGAAGGUCUUGGCUAUAUCGGACCUUAUCAUCUACCGUACUCAUGCUGACAGACUUCACAACGAUCUCUUCAAAUUUCUUGGAGAUGCCUCAGAGGCCUACCUAAAACACUUCACCAAAGAACUGAAGGCAACCACAGCCCGUUGUGGCCUGGAUGUUCCCUUGUCCACUUUGGGCCCUGGAGUCAUUAUCUUCCACGAGACUGUAUACACACAGUUACUAGGUGCUGAUCACCCUUCUGAGGUGCCUGAGAAGCUUGUCCAGGAUCGGUUCCGGAAACUUGGGCUCUUCCCUGAAGCCUUCAGCUCGAUCCAUUACAAAGGAACAAGGACACAUAACCCCCCAACGGAUUUCUCUGGGCUCAGGCAUGCCGUGGAGCAGCAGCUAGAAAAUAAUACGACCCGUUCUCCCCGGCCUCCUGGAGUUAUCUACAAGGCACUCAAAGCACUGAGUGAUAGGUUCUGCGGUGAGAUCCCAGAUGAUCAGAUGGCCCACAGCUCCUUCUUUCCAGACGAGUAUUUCACCUGUUCCUCUGUAUGUCUCAGCUGCGGGUGUGGAUGUAAAAACAGCAUGAACCAUUCAAAAGAAGGGGUACCUCAUGAAGCCAAGAAUCGGUGUAGAUACACCCAUCAGUACGAUAACAGAGUGUUUACAUGCAAGGCCUGUUAUGAACGUGGGAAUGAAGUUAGAGUGGUGCCCAAAACCUCCGCUUCCACUGAUUCCCCUUGGAUGGGACUUGCCAAGUAUGCCUGGUCAGGGUAUGUGAUCGAGUGCCCCAACUGCGGAGUUGUGUACCGCAGCCGACAGUACUGGUUUGGCAACCAAGACCCUGUGGAUACCGUGGUGAGGACAGAAAUUGUGCACAUCUGGCCAGGUACGGAUUGCAGUCUGAAAGACAACAACAAUGCUGCUCAGCGCCUCAUAGACGGGAUGAACUUUAUGGCACAAUCGGUGUCUGAACUGAGCCUGGGACCCACAAAAGCAGUGACCUCUUGGCUGACGGAUCAAAUCGCUCCAGCCUACUGGAAACCCAAUUCCCAGAUUCUGAAUUGCAGAAAGUGUGGCAUCUCUUUUAAAGAUAAUGACACCAAACACCAUUGUCGGGCUUGUGGAGAAGGUUUCUGUGAUGGUUGUUCAUCCAAGACCCGCCCUGUUCCCGAACGUGGCUGGGGCCCCACACCUGUGCGAGUGUGCGAUGGCUGCUAUGACGGCAGGGACGUUCAGUUAGGUAAUCCCAUCCUGACCAUAGUAGAUGUGCCUGAGGCUCCAACUGAUGAGGAAGGGGGGACAGUGAUUGCCAGGAAGGUUGGUGAAGCUGUGCAGAACACUCUUGGAGCUGUAGUGACUGCCAUUGAUAUCCCGUUGGGUCUUGUGAAGGAUGCUGCCAGACCUGCCUACUGGGUGCCCGACCAUGAAAUCUUACACUGCCACAGUUGCCAGAAGGAAUUCAAUAUCAAGCUGUCGAAGCACCACUGCCGUGCCUGUGGCCAGGGUUUCUGUGACGAGUGCUCUCUGGAGCGCAGAGCUGUCCCUUCCCGUGGCUGGGAUCAUCCUGUCAGAGUCUGCUUUAAUUGCAAUAAAAAGCCCGGUGACCUUUAACCCUACCUACCUUUCUGGGUCCUCCGUAACACCUUAGCUUCUCAGGGUUAGAUAAAACAGAAGUCACCCUUUUUAACCUUUUACAGCCAGAGUGCAUGCUCCUGAUCUCUGGCCCUUUUUCCCCAUGUGCGGAUUUCUAUAGGAUUGCUGAACAGCUAGUUUUAACAAGUUCUGCAGGACUUGGCCAACUUGGGAUGUAUGGAGAAGCUUACAGUAAAAUGAGGAAUCCAAAAAUCCAGUGUAUUAUAUACCAGUUUAAAGUAUGUAUCUCUAUAUCUAUAUUAUUGAGUAUGCUAAGAAUGCAGCUGGCUGAUGAAGCAUUGAUGAUUUACAGUUAAAACAAGCAAAGGUAAAUAGAACCGUUUUCUGAAAUGUAAUGGGGGUCAAACAUACAGCUUCUUGAGUGCCUUGGAAUUCUUUUGUGUGAAGCAUUUUGCUGUUUGUUUACAGCGUCUUAGACUUACAAAGGCUUUGGUUCUAUACACCUUGAGCUAACCGAUGUUCAUACUCCCUGUUUCGAGCAGUGAGUCCUAAGCUUUUGGGUCUGACCCUUUGGAACUCCCAUCACCCAUAUUUAUUUUACCCCACAUGGCUUUUGUUCUGUUUAUAGGGCCUUGUCGUCCAGAGCUAAGGAGUUUCCUCAUGGCUGAAACGAGCCGGAGAAAUGAGGAAGCUGCUCUGUACAGGUCCUGAUAAAAAUAGGUGCUGCUGCACAUAUGGUAAUCUUAGAAGGGCCAUGCACUAAAGGCAGUGGAAGUAUGGGAGGAAUCAAACAAUGUAACACAAAACUUAAAGCUGGUCUUCUAACAGCUAUUUCAGCUUCACUUUGGGCUGACGAGGCCUUAUUUCUCUUGUUCACAUUCCUCUAUGCUUGGUUUUCCUUGUUGAUGGACUCUUCCCUGCCCCCCCCCCAUCAAAAAUCUUCAGGCUAAGAGCAAAGGUAAGUACUAGGCAAGACCCACAAACCUGCAGUGUAGUGUUUGCUUAGCAUCUUAGUCACUUGUCUUCUGUAAAUGGUCCCAAGUAUAGAUUCUUAGCGGUAUCUAUGUGAACCACCCUUAAAGCACUCAUAUAAACCAACUUGGAAAACAGUGAUGUACUUCUGAUGACAUCGGGGGAUUGUCUUUUUGGAGGGAGAAAACCCUGCAUUGAACCACUUUGAGACACCGAUCAAACCACUGAGUAAAAUUAUCGCAUUAGACUUUGAUGUGGAUCUCUGCUUCCAUGACAAGAGACCUUCAGAAACCCAAUCAGUUUGAAGAAUGAAUCCCCUUCUCCUUUUUACUCCUGAGAAUGGCACAUUCCCAUGGCAGAGAUUUGUCGUCACUCAUAACAGCUGGAGUUUGGCAUGAUAGUCAGGCACAAUACCCUGGCACUGUUGUUUCUCCCACUUAUUAAAAUAUAACCUUGUAUACCUUGAUGACUGACCCCUAUUUUAGAACUGUAAUAUGAAAUUAAGUGCUAUAAAGGACUAUCCCUUCUGAACAAGUGUGCUGAUUUCUUCUGUAUAUCUACCUAAUCUUGCUGUGUCUUGGGAAGGGAGAGACAGUUUCCGGCUUGCAUGCCAAAAUGGAACUGGAUUAUGUAGUAGUACAUUCCUGCUGUCUAAACUCUACAGGGAUUAAUAUGUGUUUUGUAACUAGAAGCUGAUAGGUUUGGGGGUUUUUUUCUUCAAGGGAUAGAAGUGGGAGAAGUUAUCUUGUAGUGAUUUUUCAACCUAGGUAACUGCACUUUGAAGUGUUUUAUUUUUGACUCUGUGGUGGAAAAUACAAGUGAAACCUGUUGUGUAGUCCAUGCCCUCUGUAUGUUCUCCAUGCAUGUAGGUAUUCUACCAUGUUAUUGCACACCCAGAGACCACCCUUGGCAUUCCUUGUAUAAAAUCUUCACUUGUAAGCUUC